CUCUUAAUUAUCUGUUAACUUCCAUUAUUGUUCCAGUAAUAACAUUUAACCUCUCAGAGUCAGCUUGCAUCGAGUUUCGCGGUAAUUUUCCUGAGAAUGUUUUUUGAGACUCCUGCUGAUGUAAGUGCAGGGAUGCAGCUCAUGAUGCAGAGAUUAUCUGUCGUCACAACAGAAGAAGGAGUAAGUCGAGGUUUAAGUUUUAAACCUCGUUCAGACGACGUGUUCGUCCUGACUCCACGAAAAUGCGGCACAACAUGGAUGCAACAGAUUCUACAUCAGUUACGUAGUGGUGGCGAUAUGUCAUUCGAUGAUAUUUGCGAUGUUAUCCCUUAUAUCGAGUUGGCUUAUCAUACCGAAAUAGAUCUCGAGGCCGAACACGUGUAUCAACCACGGUAAGAAUAAGUUAAGAUACUAAAAUUCUACUUGCCGGCCAGUAUUACAUCAUUAUUAUAAGUAAUAUCAUGAAAUGAGGAGUAUUAGUCAUUAAACGUAACCACCCGCUCGACGAGGGUCAUUUAUUAAUUUUAAUAAUUGACCCGAGCGGGAUCGAAAUUGCGUGAAUUUCACCCAAAUCAGUGUUCAGACACUGUCAAUGAUGUUGGCGGAGCGUUAUAAGACGUUCUGUACUGAAGAGAAUGUUGUGGCUUGUCGGAAAGAUGCAAUACCAAAAAAUACCAGAAAGCACACAUCUUGGGGCGUAAAUGUCUAUAAAGACUGUGCGGAAAGUCGAAACGAAGCGUUCAAAGAUUUUCAGCCGGAUAAUCCGAAAUUUCCUAUAGCUCCAGAGGAUCCUUCUUUGUUAAGCGUGGACGAAAUAAAUUAUUGGUUGUCGAAAUUUUGUGUUGAUGUGAGACAAAAAAACGGCGAGGAAUACCGACACGAAGUGCUUUACUCCCUAUUCUGUGCGCUAAACCGUGUCAUUCGGGAAUCACACCGUAACCUCGUGCUGUUUAAAUCGCCAGAACUAAAACCAUUUCAAGACGCUCUGGAUGGGCGUUUGAAGGCUCUACAGUCAAGACAAAAUCCCUUUCGUAAAGCCUGCCGCACACGAGAGCUAUCUGCUGAGCAAAAAGUUACUCGUGCCUGUUAGCUCAGCCGAUAGCUCACCGUGUGCGGGUACAUUUUACUGAGUUUUUUGCCUCAUGCAACCUUUUCUCACGUAUCAAACAUGUUUGAUCGGUGAGCUAUCAGCUGAGCUAACAGGCACGAGUAACUUUUUGCUCAGCAGAUAGCUCUCGUGUGCGGCAGGCUUAAGAAAGCAGAUGCGGUUAGUGUGAACGAGGAAGAAAAACUUUGGAUUACGGGCGCUUUAGGGACUCAUUCGCCUGGUGUUUUGCUCGAUACAUUGGUGUUUCUGGCCGGCAAGAUUUUUGCUUUACGGGGAGGGCAAGAGCAUCGAAGCCUAACACGGGAGAGCUUUGAAUUUGAGACUAUGGAGGAUGGAAAAACUAUUGUUACCUAUCGGGAGAAAAGUUCCAAGGUUAACCAAGGCGGGCUGAAGAGAAGGAAAAUUACCCCUAAAGAAGUCAAACAUAUUGAAGAUGGCAAUGAUCCAAAGUCAUUUACCUUUGUAUUCAAUUUCUACAUGUCAAAAUGGUAAUUAUAGUCUGCAAAGUGCAAGUGCAUUGAAGUGUUAAAGUUAGGGAAUUCUAUUAAGUUCAAAUUCAAAAUGUGUUUACGACACGCUCUGUUAACAUAUUUCUUUGUGUAGUCCUUUAGAUGCAGAUAGCUCAAGCUUGUAUUUGAAGGCGAAAACGAAAUGGUGUUUUGGAAACGAAUCGUGGUAUGAAAACCGACCAGUUGGGCGCAAUACGCUUGCAUCGACUUAUAAAAUAAUUUGCAGUUUGGUUGGUCUCGAGGGGCAUUACUCAAAUCAUUCAGGAAGGGGGGCGACAGCUGCUACAACACUUUUGAAAGCAGGUAUUCCUGACAAAAUGGCGUUGAAAAGAACUGGUCAUCGCAGUUUGGAAAGUCUACUGGAGUACCAGACUUUAGAUAUAGAUGAUACGAAACGGGUAUCAGAGGCGUUGAGCUCGUGUAGUUCUGCAGAUACGUGUGUAAUAAAUGAAACAUCUGUAGAAUCAAAAGUUGUGCAUGAAAGUAAUUUGGAUUGGGUUGAACAAUUUAAUGAGGAAUCAGAUUUAUGUGACGUUGUAUUAAGUCAGGCGUUAGACAUGUAUGAAAGUAAUUCUAGAAGUGAACCAUCCUAUAAUAAUACUUUAAAUGGUAAUAAUAAUACUUUAUUGGGACGGUAAAUGUCUAUAUUAGCAAGUAAUGAUAACAAUUAAAUGUUUGUGUGUUUUUCAGUGCGUAAUUUUGUGAUAAUUUUGCUCAAACUUUCCAGGUGAUGUGGUAAUACUAAUACGACCCGUAGUGACGUCAACUGAGGUCGUAUUAGUUCUAAUACGACCUGUACAUUUGAGUAGGCGAGUGAAUUAGUUACUAAUACAGCACAAUAGAACAAUAGAAAUUCACGCAAACAUGAUAUUAUACAGCCGGUAUAAUGGCAACUUGCAUGUUAGAUUAAAUUUUAAUGUAAUUAAAGAGAAAGGAAUCAAACACCACAGCUAAAACGAACAUAAUGAAAUUAGUAAAAUUGCAAAAUUUGGUUGCGAAAUGUUGUAAGGCUUGGAAAUAUAGCCUUGCAAAGUUUCCAAAUAGUGGCGGAAAACUUGGUGGGGCGGCGGGGCGCCCGCCCCCCCCCCCCACCUUCACGGAAAAUUGACGAACUUUCGGAAAUUUUGAUCUAAAAUUUUGUAUAUGUUUGUAUUACGUGCGGAAAUUGUUACCAGUUUCGGCUCAGAAAUGGUAACAAUUCCGCACGUAAUACAAAUAUACUGGCAAAAAAGGCUAAUUUCGCAAGGCUAUAUAUUCCGUAUUUUACAACAUUUCGUAACCAAAUUUCUCAAAGCAUUUUUACCUUAAUUACAUGUCUAUAUCUGGGGCCGAUUGUUCUAGAACCUUAAAAUAAACAAACAUACAAACUACAUACAAUACAAUAGCAGUGUAAAUUUUACCCGAGGGUUAGUGCUAAUCCAGUUGUUAACAACCGUCUUUGAUCUGUGGCGAAGCUAGCUAAAAUAGCUAGUUGUUGCGACCGGACACGAUUUAUACGAACAAGAUAUAUUUAUUAAACUAGCAAGGACAACGACGUUGCUUAACUCAUCCCCAUGCAUGCUAUUUAUGUGAUUAUCAUGCAUAACUAAUUACUGUUUAUAAGUUCUUUGUAGGUUCGCAUGGCGAUAAAACCAUUAGUUAAUAGAACAGAUUGUUUGGAAAUUCAUUAUAAUAACAAUAUAACUCAUUAUCUAUGCUUAUAGUCAACGUUUAUUUAUAAAUCUGGUCGUUCAACGUCACGUGUGUAUUGUAUUUUUGCCAAAUCCACCAAUAGCAAUGUUCGAGUCACGGAUACAGUAGGUAACUUUCCCAAGACAUUGCUAUUAGUUGGUUGCGCAAAAAUACAAUACACACGUGACGGUGAACGACCAGAUAUAUGAAUAAACGUUGACUAACAUAGAUAAUGAGUUAUAUUGUUAUUCUAAUGCAUGAGUUUCCAAACCAUCUAUUCUAUCAACUAUGAUAAUAUGAUAUUUUUUGUGGAAACACCACGUAAAAAAUUUACAGUAAUAAAUUACGUUAAAAAAUUUAAGUAAUUAAUUACUAUUUAAAACUGUGGCAAUUGAUACACCAGACGGAAAUCUUAGUUUAAAGAUAAAGAGCAGGGCCCAGCAAAUAACUUUAAAACCAAACAUAAUAAAAGUAAAAAUUUAAUUAGCUAACGUUUCGUUGUUUACAAGAUGUUGUAUUGUAAACAACGAAACGUUAGCUAAUUAAAUUCUUACUUUUAUUAUGUUUGGUUUAAAAGUUAUUUGCUGGGCUCUGCUCUUUAUCUUUAAACUAAUUAAUUACUAUUUAUUAAAAGUUGCGUAAUUAAUUAUUUAAUUAACUACGUAAUUAAAUUUACGUAAAAAAUUUGCAGUAAUAAAUUUACGUGGUAUUUCCACAAACAAAAUAUUAUAAUUACUGUUUAUGGUAUUAUCGUCACAUCCUUUCUCGUUAAAAAAGACAAAAGUUUAUCCAAAUCCUACUGAAUUAAUAAAUGACCUAAUAGCUAACUGUUUCGACUGUAUUAUUAAUUAAUUAAUAUACCUUAUAUAAUGUCUCUAAAUUUAAUUAUGAUUAUAUUAUAUCCUAAACUAGAAAAUACAUGCAUGCAGAAACCCUCGCCUUGCUGACAAAACCAUUCUAUUUUCCGAACAUGAAGUAUCUGAAGUAGUUGUCAUGGUAACACGAUAAUUUUUAAGAAUAUUCUCACAAAUGAAAAAUCGCCUAAAAAAUAUCACUUUUAAUUACAAAAUUAUUAAUUUCCCAACAUAUAUAUGUUAGGUAUGUUAUUAUACGUAAUAUAAGCCUCAAUUUAAGGUAAAAUUCAACCACAAACGCUUCGCAAAACGUUUUAAAGUCACCAGUGUUCUUUAUAUAAAAACUAUAAAACUGCCUUUUAAAUUGGCUUUAUCGAUAAACUUUGAGUUUGCAAUAAAAUGAUUUCAAAUUCUCGCUAGCAAAUAACUCUGCCUUCUGUUUUAUUUAAAAAAUUCAAUAUCAUAAAAAAGGGAAUCAAUAUUACUAAAGACACUGAAAUUAUAUGCUGUCUUGUUUAGUUGUUUCAUAUACGCAAAGGCCGUCGGGUUUUAAAUUAAAGCCAUUAUAAAAUCAAUAUUUAAAACAAACUUACCUUCGUUAACGUCGGCUCACUUCUUUCGCCCUUUCUUUCUUGAAAUUUACAAAAUCUUGCAAAAAUGCCAACAAAUAUGAAAUAUAUUUGCAAGAAAUUUAUCAAUCAUCAAAUCAAGAAAUGUUUGCUAUUUCGAUGUCGUCAUGCAGUCGUUAUAAUGCAAACUUUAAAUUGGACCAAUCAGUUUUCGCUAUUAUUCUUGACAGUCCGCCACAUAUUUUAAGAUCAGUGAGGAUGACUACCCACCGAAACAUCGUUGGUGAGCCACGCCCGCGAUAUUUGAUGAACUUUAGACUUCGCUAAUGCUUUCGUUUCCCCGGGUGUAAAUAGCCGGGGGGAAUUAGUACCCUCACACGGCGCUUCGCGCCGUCGGCUCGGGGAUUACAAUGCCUAAUACGUUUUACUUAUGCUUGAUAUCUGUCCGGUUGUUUUCUGGUUGAUUUCUUUAAUAAUGCUGGAUAUUGUGGGCCAGUCAGUUAUUGAAUUAUACUAGUAGAGACGAUUGGCUUACAAUAUGUCUGGCACUCUCAAGGCAUUUUUUAAUACCAUGGACUGGUGAGGCAUUUGCCUCACUGGGCCCCCGCCUCUGCCCCACCACUGAAGAAAAAAAAUGGCGUAUUGCCCCAAAGCCAGGGCUCUAUAGGACCUGUAUUGAGUAAAUGAGUUUAACAUUGAAAGAAGUUUAAAAAAUAACAUUUGGUGAGCAUACUUAAACUAAAUAUAUUGUGUUUGAAUGUUUAGCAUGCAAUUUAUUACAAAUUUCACCAUUAAAACUUUGUUUUGAGAGACUGAGAUUUUUUUAUUAAAUGUGUUCUCAGAAUGCAGGAAAUGCCAUUUCAGAGAUCCAUUUUUAAAAUUUCCUGGGGGGAUGCAUGCCCCAAGACCCCCUUCCCCUAGCUAACUUGUACCUGUGGUACUCGACUCACACCUUCGGCAAUCGCAUACUAUCCUGCGGGUAGGGCAAGGAAAAUGGGCCCUUUGGCAGUUUUGCCCACCACUGAAGAAUCCUUAAAAAAUGCACUGGGCACUCUGCAUUAUCCGAAGGUUUCCCAAAUCUCGAAACUUUUCCGCUGUUUUCCUAAUAUGAUACCGAUUUCGUGUGUAGGUUCUUUCACCGCAACGCACGUCGUACGAACGAGGACCAACUUGCUUAAAUAAUACAGGUUUCAAGACACCAUUUCAGCUCUCCAGGCAAUCUCAAGCGAAUCGAUUUCCUCUGCUUCUAGAGGUACAAAAACACGAGCUUUGACAUCGUAAUUUUCUUUCUGCUUUUCUUUCGCUUGUUCAGCGCCAGUUACAACUUUCUCAGCAUCAAUCACACUAGGUUUCAACAGAUCUUUUGUCGUUGGAAGGCAAGUCCUAGUUCUUCUCGAAAACAAUUUCUGUGACGGACUGACACCAUCCGGUUCACUGGGUGUAUUCCUAAACUCCAACAAUGCAAGAUGAACAUCAGCUUUCGACAAAAAACGCCUUCUUCAUCAAUUCUCGACCUUUCCAUUCGAUUGUGGAUACCGAGGAAACGACAGUACCAUGCUGAAACUCACACUCAUUUGAAAACUCCCUGAACUCUUUGCAAACAAACUGAGGACCGUUAUAGGUAAAAACGGCCUCUGAAAUCCCGUGACGACUGAAUUGCUCCUUCAACUUCUUAACAACUGCGGUAGUAAUAGUACUCGUUAAAUAAUCUACUUCAAAACAGUUAGAAAAAUAGUCAACUGUUAUCACGUAAUUUCUGUUUUUAUAUAUAAAUAAAUCAACUCCAAUCUUAGACCACGGCAAAGCAGGUGAGUCAUGGCAUAGAAGUGGUGCCUUCAACUCUUUAACACAUGACUCGACAUUUUAGAACAAUAUAAAAUUUGUCGAGCUCUUCUCAAGCGGCCUUCGACUCCAAGAUGGGAACUAUGCAGUCGUUUUAUCAUAUCCUCUCGUAACGCUUGUAGAACUACAAUUCUUCCUGACUUGAAGAGAAGACCAUUUUGGUCAUACGAGAUCUCACUCUGAAGCGAAUAAUACGGAAUAACAUCAGGUGGUAUGUAUUGUUUUGACGUUGACCAGCCUUUCUCAACAUAUUCACGAACUUUCUCAAACACUAGGAUCCGCAGCUGUUGCACGCCGAAACUCGUUCAACCGUUUAUUGGAUAUUGGUAAAUCUGCCAUAGAAUUUUGUGUGAAUAUGCUGUGGUAAACCGAUCAGUGUGGUAUAUAUAUAUAUAUAUAUAUAUAUAUAUAUAUAUAUAUAUAUAUAUAUAUAUAUAUAUAUAUAUAUAUAUAUAUAUAUAUAUAUAUAUAUAUAUAUAUAUAUAUACCACACUGAUCGGUUUACCACAGCAUAUUCACACAAAAUUCUAUGGCAGAUUUACCAAUAUCCAAUAAACGGUUAAACGAGUUUAGGCGUGCAACAGCUGCGGAUCCUAGUGUUUGAGAAAGUUCGUGAAUAUGUUGAGAAAGGCUGGUCAACGUCAAAACAAUACAUACCACCUGAUGUUAUUCCGUAUUAUUCGCUUCAGAGUGAGAUCUCGUAUGACCAAAAUGGUCUUCUCUUCAAGUCAGGAAGAAUUGUAGUUCUACAAGCGUUACGAGAGGAUAUGAUAAAACGACUGCAUAGUUCCCAUCUUGGAGUCGAAGGCCGCUUGAGAAGAGCUCGACAAAUUUUAUAUUGUUCUAAAAUGUCGAGUCAUGUGUUAAAGAGUUGAAGGAACCACUUCUAUGCCAUGACUCACCUGCUUUGCCGUGGUCUAAGAUUGGAGUUGAUUUAUUUAUAUAUAAAAACAGAAAUUACGUGAUAACAGUUGACUAUUUUUCUAACUGUUUUGAAGUAGAUUAUUUAACGAGUACUAUUACUACCGCAGUUGUUAAGAAGUUGAAGGAGCAAUUCAGUCGUCACGGGAUUUCAGAGGCCGUUUUUACCUAUAACGGUCCUCAGUUUGUUUGCAAAGAGUUCAGGGAGUUUUCAAAUGAGUGUGAGUUUCAGCAUGGUACUGUCGUUUCCUCGGUAUCCACAAUCGAAUGGAAAGGUCGAGAAUUGAUGAAGAAGGCGUUUUUUGUCGAAAGCUGAUGUUCAUCUUGCAUUGUUGGAGUUUAGGAAUACACCCAGUGAACCGGAUGGUGUCAGUCCGUCACAGAAAUUGUUUUCGAGAAGAACUAGGACUUGCCUUCCAACGACAAAAGAUCUGUUGAAACCUAGUGUGAUUGAUGCUGAGAAAGUUGUAACUGGCGCUGAACAAGCGAAAGAAAAGCAGAAAGAAAAUUACGAUGUCAAAGCUCGUGUUUUUGUACCUCUAGAAGCAGAGGAAAUCGAUUCGCUUGAGAUUGCCUGGAGAGCUGAAAUGGUGUCUUGAAACCUGUAUUAUUUAAGCAAGUUGGUCCUCGUUCGUACGACGUGCGUUGCGGUGAAAGAACCUACACACGAAAUCGGUAUCAUAUUAGGAAAACAGCGGAAAAGUUUCGAGAUUUGGGAGACCUUCGGAUAAUGCAGAGUGCCCAGUGCAUUUUUUAAGGAUUCUUCAGUGGUGGGCAAAACUGCCAAAGGGCCCAUUUUCCUUGCCCUACCCGCAGGAUAGUAUGCGAUUGCCGAAGGUGUGAGUCGAGUACCACAGGUACAAUCUCAAACACUAGGAUCCGCAGCUGUUGCACGCCGAAACUCGUUCAACCGUUUAUUGGAUAUUGGUAAAUCUGCCAUAGAAUUUUGUGUGAAUAUGCUGUGGUAAACCGAUCAGUGUGGUAUAUAUAUAUAUAUAUAUAUAUAUAUAUAUAUAUAUAUAUAUAUAUAUAUAUAUAUAUAUAUAUAUAUAUAUAUAUAUAUAUAUAUAUAUAUAUAUAUAUAUAUAUAUAUAUAUCAUUAACUGUACAUAGGAUUGGAAGUUAAUUAUAUACUUCACUCAUGACCUUCAAAACAUUCUCUACUAUUCAGUGGUACGUCUUCGAUAUAUGAUUGACCUUUUUGCUACAGUUAUGCAUGUCCCUCGAAUAGUUUGUAUAUGUUACUCAACAGUUAACAUUGGCAAGUGUAAACAACAAAUUACAUAACUUUUGCUUCAUAUAUGAUUACAAUAAAGUUUUGAAAAUUCGAUGAGUAUGGAUUGACAAUUAAAGUGACAGUUAACUAAAUAGCCAGCUGUAUAAACACUUCUAAUAUUGUUCGCAUGAAAUUUUUAUUUCCUGACUGCAUAAUUAUCUGUUACAAUCAUAAUCACAUUAUAAAGUUAGUUAAAUUUUCUUGGCAGGGGGGACUUGCCCCUACUGCCCUUGCCGCUGUGUACAGCCCUGUUAAAUGUGUAUUAUGUUUGACUUUAAAAUCUUAUUUUCUAUUAUAUUUAUUAGGGACCGUUCAUUAUUUAUACCUGGGGUUGGUACUGAAGAGAAGCGAAAGAUACUGUAAAUUUUUUAUUUACCCAACCUCAACAUUGGUCAAAAUAAUGUUUACCAAACUCAUGUGUUACUGUACUAAGUAGAAUCAGAAUCAGAAUCACAUUUAUUUCACACGUAUUUAAACUAAGUAAGAAUAAAAUACAGAAAAAUUAUAUAGUUAUAAAAACCAAAGCCCACAUAUUAAAACUACUAUAUUAAACAAACGUGUGCAGUGAUCAAAGUAGCGGAAUGCUUUCGAGUUGAUCACUGUAUAUAUGUAAAAAAAAUAAUAAUUAAACACACAAGAUUAUGGUGACAGAAAUCAAGUUGCCUAAAUUUUAAAAGCUCACUCAAACUCAAACUCACUGAGUGUGCCAAUGGAACGACGUUCCUGCUGAUCAAUAAUAGAGUCCUUCCUCAAUCACUGAUGGUCUGUAAUUUUGGUUUUAUUAUAUAGCUGACAGACAGCCACAAUUUUUAUUACCCAACCCAUGAGCUAGUCAAAAACUUGAUUACCCAACCCAUAUCUCUUCGGUACCAACCCCGGGUAUAAAUAAUGAAUGGUCCCUUAUAAUAAGUGAUGGGAUAUUUCAAUUGUCCCAUGUCACCUUCAUUAUUCAGCUCCUUUCAAGAAAAUACAAAAUGUGAAUCAAUUUUUUUCGCAGAUGCAUGUACGCAUCGCGUACCUAUUUUUCCUGUCAGUGUCAUACAUUUAUGAUUGGUAGAUAAAACUUUUAUUUUAAUAGGGACCACAACUGAUCUGUUAUCAACGAGAGCCCUAUAUAACUACGUUCUAUAGUACAUUCUAUCAAUUAUGUUAUAAAACUACACUAGGUAGCUUUCAGACUAGUAGAUAUGAUAUGAUUAUAAUAUAUUACUUAAGUUAAAUCCAUUGAAAGACUAAAAGUAUCUAGGGCAGACUGUGACAUAAGCGUUUAAAAACCUUUGCUCCCUUAUGGUGAAAAGUUUCUUUGCCAUUUCUGUUCUAACUCUUGGCAGAUGCAAUAAAUUGCUUUGGCAGGUUGUUCUUACUGUCAAUUGGUGAAUGAUUAAAAUCUAAAAUAAUCACAUAAGAAUUGGGGAACAAUUCCUUUACCAUAUGUCUUAAUUAAUUUAGAAACAUGCUGUUCUACCGUAUAUCCUUUUCUUUGCCGAUACAGUAAGAUUGACAUCAUAUUUUUGAUAUAGUGAACCUUUUGUACAUGUAUUAUAUUUAGCACAUUGUUUAAUUUAGCGAAGACAUCUGCGAAACGUCGAUGUUUGGCUUGUAUUUUUCAAGUAGUUGUUAUCUCUUUGUUGCAGCUCUCCUGUUAUCUUGCUACCUACACUGGCACAGACGUUCUUGUAUAAUUUAGGAUAUGUUUUGUUCUCGUUCUUAGAUGUUACAAGACUCAUACAUGGUAUCCUUCGUGUCCCAUGGGCGCUAAAUACAUUGUUAUUUAUCGUGAACCAUGUGCUGCAUUCUACAGUUACUUCAACUUCUUCAAGGGUUGGUUUUUUCAAUCAGGAGACAUUUCACUUCAUGAAUUUGUGAAGCAUUUUCUACUCGCUAUUGGUGCUCCAGAAAAGAAGACAGAUGUUGCAUCUUAUUUUGUCCACUUGCUCAGCUGGUGGGAACACAGGAAUGACUCGAAUGUUUUAUUUUUGUUCUUUGAGGAUAUGAAAGAUGAUUUAGAAAUUGUAGUUAGGAUGGUUGCAGCAUUCAUGGGAAUUCAAGAUGAGGAAAGGAUUAAGAAGGCUGUGAAAAUGAGCUCCUUUGAAUUUAUGAAAGGAAAUGAGAGCAAGUUUUCAGAGGUUCGUGUCGCACGUUAUCGGAAUAAAAGUUGUGGGAUACCUGAUGAUGUUGCACCCAGUAAGGUUGCCACGGGAUCUGCAACGAAAGGACGAAAGUUGAUGGAUGACAAAACUAAACAAAUUAUUCAGGCAAAGUGGCUGGACAUCGUUGGUAAACAAACUGGAUUUCAGGAUUACAAUGAGUUGAGAAGUGCAUUCAAGAAGGAACAGAUGUAUGAGUAAAAAUUAAGAAUUACUUCAAAUUGUUUUCUGUACACAGUUUGAUAUUUUAGAUAGAG